GGCGCUCGGAGCCGCUGUGGGCGCGGCGCUCCCCGCCGGCCGCGGCUCCGCGGGGCCGCCCUGCCGGGGCGCGGCGGCUCCUUCCGCCGGGAGCGGCGCCGGGCGGCGGGCGGCAGAUAUGGCCAUGCCCAGUUCUCUUUUGUGGGCUGUUGACAUUUUUGGGAGGGUUUAUACUCUUUCUACUGUUGGCCAGUACUGGGAGCUCUGUAAGGACACACAGCUGGAAUUCAAACGGGUCUCUGCUGUCAAACAGUGCUGCUGGGGAAUAGCCUGUGACCAUCAAGUGUACACCUACGUGUUCUCAGGAGAUGUUCCCAUCAGAUACCAGGAGGAAACCUAUGAGAACCAGCGCUGGAAUCCAGUUGGUGGCUUUUGUGAGAAAUUACUGCCCAGUGACCGCUGGCAGUGGAGUGAUGUGAGCGGGCUAAAACACCAGCAGCUUGAUAGUUUCACACUGCCUUCACCACACUGGGAGUGGGAGUCUGACUGGUAUGUGGAUGAAAAUAUUGGAGGGGAACCAACAGAGAAAGGGGGCUGGACUUAUGCCAUAGACUUCCCCAGCACCUACACAAAGGAUAAGAAAUGGAAUUCUUGUGUCAGACGCAGGAGAUGGAUCAGAUACAGGAGAUACAAAUCACGGGACGUUUGGGCGAAGAUUGUGUCCCAUGAUGAGCCAAACCAGCUGCCAGACCCUUUCAAUGACAUCUCCGUCGGAGGAUGGGAGAUCACGGAUGAGCCUCUCGGCCGCCUCUCAGUGUGGGCAGUUUCUUUGCAAGGAAGGUUAUGGUACAGAGAAAAUGUCUGCCAUCACAAUCCAGAAGGUUCCACGUGGUCCUUAGUCUCUACUCCUGGUGAAGUUGUACAGAUCAGCUGUGGACCCUAUGACCUCCUUUGGGCAACUCUCUGGGAAGGGCAAGCUAUUGUGAGAGAAGGAAUUGACAGGAAUAACCCUCAAGGAAUUUCCUGGAGUAUUGUGGAGUCUCCAAGCUCUGAGAAUGGGAUUAUGCACGUCUCCGUGGGUGUCGAUGUGGUGUGGUGUGUUACAAAGGAUAGAAAAGUGUGGUUUAGAAGAGGAGUGAAUUCACAUAAUCCUUGUGGGACAAGUUGGAUUGAAAUGGUUGGAGAAAUGAUGAUGGUAACUGUAGGCUUAAACAACCAGGUGUGGGGAAUCGGCUGCGAUGACAGAGCGAUUUAUUUUCGACAAGGUGUCACACCAAACGAGCUCAGUGGGAAGACAUGGAAGGCAGUUGUGUCUGGCAGAGAGAGUGACAGAUCUCAGACUGGGAGCUCAACAAGUCUGCUCAGUGCUGGCUGUUUCUUUACUGAUGAUAUUCAGAACCAAACAAGCGCGGUCAUUCAGGGUGAUGCAGAUCCUUCCUCUGAUACAGAGCCCGGCGUGCCCACGAGCCCUGCCAGCACUGCCCUGCUGGGAGCUGCAGCCAGCCAGGCUGAAACAUCUGCACAGCUCACUCUGGAUCCUCUGCACUCUGAGCAAGGAGAAGCCACUGCUGCUUCAGCUAGUAGUGAGAAAGAUAACCUUGAAAUGAAUAAAUCUCCUGGAAACUCAAACCCUUCUGCAGAACUGCAGUGGAUAAACAUUGACUUGAAGGAGGCUCAGAAGCAUCCAGUGCUGUCUGUCAGCAGCUUUGCAGACACAUCCAGCCUCUCUUCCCUGGGCGUGUUCUCGGUGGGAGCUGAAGAGCAGUAUGGAGCCGACGAGCACCCACUGUGGGCCUGGGUGUCUGGGGGAGGCUGUCUGGUAGAUCUGCACAGCCCACUCAAGUGGUUCACUGCUCCAUCAGGUUUGUCAUCGUCUGUGCAGUCUCUGUCCCUGUCCAUCACUCCUGCACAGACAGCAGCGUGGAGGAAGCAGAUUUUUCAGCAGCUCAGUGAAAGGACAAAGCGGGAACUGGAGAAUUUCAGGCACUAUGAGCAGGCUAUUGAGCAGUCGGUUUGGGUUAAAACUGGAGCCUUGCAGUGGUGGAGGAACUGGAAGCCUCACAAGUGGAUGGACGUUCGAGUUGCACUGGAGCAGUUCACUGGGAGCGAUGGGAUGCGCGACAGCAUCCUCUUCAUCUACUACAUGUACCAUGAGGAGAAAAAGUACAUCCACGUGUUCCUGAAUGAAGUGACCAUUAUAGUUGAAGUGCUGAAUGAAGCCAAGCACUCCUUUGCACUGUACACACCGGAGAGGACGAAGCAGCGAUGGCCAAUCCGCCUGGCAGCCACAACAGAGCAAGAAAUGCAUGACUGGGUAAUUCUGGGCAUCUCUCAUUUUAAGAUAGUAAUAUCUGCAAUAAAACAUAGAAGUCAGUCUCUGAAAGUUAGCAUUGCAUCUAAACUCUUGAGGCUACUCAUCUGUUUUUUAAGUUUAGGUAUUUAAACCAUAUGUUCAAACUUAUUUAGAAGCACCUGAGGCUUGCUACUCCUCUGAAGUCUGCUUGCUUUCUGGUGCUGCAGUUAUCCACAGCAACACCAAUACUGCUUUUCAUUCUCUUCCUGUCUCUGCCUAUAGACUACGGUAGAAAUUGAAGUUGAAUUAAGUUAUUUUGUUCUUCUGUAUUGGUAGAAGAACCGUUCUCUGUUGUCACUUGCAGAGAGUCUUUUGUACAGGCAGACAGGCAUAGAUACAC